AUGGAAUAGGAAAAUAGAAUAGAAAUCAAAUCUUGGCAAGCUGUUGGAGUUUGGAGAUGGAAUAUAAAGGAUGACAGAUGUGCAAUUGACAAACAGAGUCUGUUUGGACAAUGUUUGGAAUGUGAAGCCAACCAAGUUCAAGACGAAUGUAAGAUUGUGCAAGGACUCUGCAAUCAUGGAUUUCAUAAGCAUUGCAUUGACAGAUGGCUAAAAUAAAGCAAUACUUGUCCACUUUGUAAUAAAGAAUGGAGUGAUUCUAAAAUAUUAUGA